AUGGGUGAUUUUGCUGGGGAUGGCCAAGAGCAUGUGCCAAGAGUAUGUGCCGAGAGUAUGCGCCAAGAUGGCCAGGGAAUGGGCGAGGUUGCCCCAGUUAACGUGCUUUCAUCAGUAGACGAAACGUCGAGCCGGACAGGGAAGUCGCGGCGGGGCUGGACUGAUGUAUCAGGGAGGUUGCAUCGAGGAGCUGGGACAUGCCCGACUGUACUUGUGACAGGCCCAACUGAUGCUGUGACAGGCCCAACUGUGACAGGCCCAACUGUAGCCGUGACAGGCCCAACUGUAGCCGUGACAGGCCCAACUGUAGCUGUGACAGACCCAACUGUAGCUGGAACAGGCCCAACUGUAGCUGUGACAGACCCAACUGUAGCUGGAACAGGUCCAAUUGUAACUUGGACAGGCCCAACUGUAGCUGUGACAGACCCAACUGUAGCUGGAACAGGUCCAAUUGUAACUUGGACAGGCCCAACUGUAGCUGGGACAGGCCCAACUGAUAGCUGAACCCUUACAAAAUUUUCCCAUGGUGUUUUCCCAUGGGAAACCCAUGAUGAUUUCCCAUGGGCGAUUCCCCAUGGGAAACCCAAGGAGAAAUUGGACCCCAUGUAUACAUGAGAUAACUUCCCAUGGGAUAUUUCCCAUGGAUUCACAUGGGGUUUUACCCAUGCACCCCAUGGUGUUUUCUACCCUAUACCCAUGGGUUUUUACCCAUGC